GUAUCGAAACCUAAAUCGAAAGAACAAAAUAGUAGUAGUUCAGUCUGUAAAAAUUAUAAAAUUUAUUAUAAUUUUUAUAUCGUUAAAGGUUUAUCUGCACUUUGUUGUAUUGAAAAUCUUUUUUCAGUGGUUGUAUUUAUAAUUUCAAAAUGGUUUACGCAGAUGAUAAGAAAAAAACAAAGUGAAAAGAUAACGAUUUAAACAAAGAAAUACAUUUGUCUAAGUGAUUAUAAGAGUGUUUAUUUAUUAGUGCUAUAAUUUGAUUAGUUGGUGAUCGAUAGGUUCACUAACUGUGUGUAUUGCGUCAAGCGGUACUCGUGCAGAGGCGACGAUGGGCAUCUUCGGGACUUCUUCCCCGUUCGACCAGGAUGUCGAGCGUGCGACCAGCGAGAACAACACCAGCGAGGAGUGGGGCCUGAUCCUCGAGAUCUGCGACCGCGCGGGCGCCAGCGCGGCGGCCGCGCGCGACUGUCUGCGCGCCGUGCUGCGGCGCCUGGCGCACGCCGACCCGCACGUGCAGGUGCACGCCGCCACGCUGCUGGACGCGUGCGUGGCCAACUGCGGCCGCGCCUUCCACCUGGAGCUGGCCUCGCGCGACUUCGAGGCCGAGUUCCGGCGCCUGCUGGCGCGCGCGCAGCCGCCCGUGCAGGCGCGGCUGCGCGCGCUGCUGCGCAAGUGGGCGGCCGAGUUCCGCGACGACCCGCAGCUCGACCUCAUCGUGGCGCUCAGCGCCAAGCUGGCCGAGCCCGAGCCCGAGCUGCCGGAGCGCGAGCAGCUGGCGCGCGCCAUCGCGCUCUCGCUGCGCGACGCGCCCGCGCCGCUCUACCCGCGCGUGGACGCGCCCGCGCCCGCGCCCGCCCCCGCCCCGGCGCCCGCGCCCGCGCCCGCGCCCGCCCGCCCCGUGCGCGCGCUCUACGACUUCGAGGCGGCCGAGGACAACGAGCUGACGUUCGCGGCCGGCGAGAUCGUGCACGUGACGGAGUGCAGCGACCCCAACUGGUGGAAGGGGCACACGGAGCGCGGCGAGGGGCUGUUCCCCGCCAACUUCGUGACGGCGCAGCUGAGCGAGCCGGCGCCGGAGCCGCCGGCCGCGCCCGAGGCGCCGCGCGAGGCGUGCAUCGACGAGGCGGCCGUGGACGCGGCGCUGAGCGCGCUGCACGAGGCGGACCCGGCGGGCCGCGACGCGCCGGCGCUGGCGGCGCUGGAGGCGCGCGCGGCGGCGGCCGGGCCGCUGGUGGACGCGGCGCUGGAGCGCGCGGACCGGCGCCACGCGCGCCUCACGCAGCUGAGCGCGGCGCUGGUGGACGCGCUCAACCUGUACCACGACCUCAUGCGCGAGCCGCGCGCCUUCCCCGCGCCCUUCGCGCCCGGCGCGCUGCGCCCGUGAGUGCGGCGCGAGCUGUGUGACUUCGACUCGUAAUGCUUCAUUUGUCCGGUCACAUUGUUGUUUCGUUUUUUAAUCAUCUUCGAAGAAAUAAAAAGAGAUUUCUAAAUUUGUCUGCA